UCCUUCCCCUCCCCGCCUCCCCUCGCUCUCCUUGAGCUGGGCGGCCAUGGCACGCCCGGCAGGGCAGCCCGUCGCACGAGACCGGCCGUGCAGCGCGGGCGCGGCUGGUGCCCUCCACGAGGGCGAGACCUUCGACGCCCUGCGGCGGCCCUCCGUGCUGGCUGGGCACCACGGCGCACCCGCGGGGGCCCCCGCGGCGGCAACGCACCCGCGGGCCCAGCUGCCGUUGGCGCUGCUGGCGCCGCCGCCGGGCUUGGCACAGCCGCCGACGGCGGGCGCGAGCGGCUCUGUGGCCACGCCGGCCCCGAGCGACAGCGGCGGCGCCUGCGAGCGGUGCGGCCAGCAGGAGAUGCUGCACAGGUGCGGCCACUGGCGGUGCGUCACGCCGACGUGCAGGCCCGCGUGGUUCCAGGACAUGGAGGCCAAGGGCUGGCUCGUGCCGAGGUCGCUGGAGCGCAUGCUCGACGCGACCCUGGUCGAGACCCUCGACCGGUGCGAGGACUGCCGGCCCGAGGGGCGGUGCCUGCGUGGCGAGGCGGCCGCCCGCCCAAGGUUCUGCAACUUCGUGUUCAAGAGGGGCACCUGCAAGUUCGGCGCCACGUGCCCCGACUGCCACCUGCACGGCCGCGGGGUGACCCACCGUGACUGCUGGGCAUACGCUCGCCCACAGGCGCAGUGCACCCGCGACCGCGCUCCUGAGCCACCCGGGAGGGGUCCAGCACUCGUGGGCGGCGCCGUGGAGUGCGCGCAGUUGCCGUGUACGCCCCCGCCAGAAGGCCUCGAGGCCUAGGACGGAGACGGGUGGCGUCCGAAUGGGUGAACAGCCCACGGCAACGGGCGUCGCAGGCGGUGCCGGUGGCAGGUGAUUCUGAGCGUUGGGGUCCGGCGCUCGGAGGUCGGCGCGUCUGAGCAGUCUCCGCAUCCAAGUUUUGACAUCUUGUCUUCUCUGGGCGCGCGCCUCAAGACCGAUUUCUGCCGUUUUUUUGCCUUCGAUGACCCUUCUCCAGCUGGGCGCCGCUCUCUCCCGCCCGCCUUUUGCUCAAGCGGGUGCCGUCCAGAGCAGAGGCUCCCUCCACGCCGUUGCCCUCAGCCCGAGGACGCCUCGACGAAGUCACCGUUGGCGCGGCUUUGCUUGCACGCGAGUCAGCAGCUUCCUGUUUUGUGGCAAGUGCGGGGCAUCUGGGUCGGCAAGGCUGCGAAAAUGUUGACCGCCUGCACCGGAGAACCAGCGACCUCUUUUUCGAAGCACAGUGUUAUUCAUCUGUAUUGGCUGGCCAGGGCGCCGAAUGGAUUGGGUGGAGCCCUCUGUCAUACAGACGCGUCAUGUAGACGGUAUGGAAAGUCCUCCCGGCCCUAUCCCCACUUUCUGUUGAAAAUCCACCGUGUUCCGCGGGGUCGCUUCGGUGAAAUAAACGAAGCAACAAGAGCUUCCCUGAUCUGCCAGGUGACUAUCCUUUUAUAGCUUGGCGCCGCCCUCUCCCGCCCGCCUCUUGCUCCAGAGGGCGGCGUCCAGAGCAGAGGCUCCCUCCACGCCGUUACUCUCAGCCCGAGGACGCCUCGACGAAGUCACCGUUGGCGCGGCUUUGCUUGCACGCGAGUCAGCAGCUUCCUGUUUUGUGGCAAGUGCGGGGCAUCUGGGCCGGCAGGGCUGAAACAAUGGUGACAGCCUGCAUCAGAGAGCCAGCGAGCUUUUUUUCGAAGCGCAGUUUUACGUGUCCGUGUUGGCUGACCAGGUCGUUGAGCGAAUUGGGUGGAGUCCUCUGUCAUACAGACGCGUCAUGUAGACGGUAUGGGGAGUCCGCUCAGCCCCAUCUUCCACGUUCACUCUUGAACAUCUACCGCGUUCAGCGGUCUCGGUAGAAUGAACCCAAUGAGCCAGAAAUGUUGCUAUCUAGCGCGACUGGGAUGGGUUGAAUGUUCUGCUCUCCAUCGUGGGCCAUGACCGCGCAAGUUCACGACUAGACGCCUUGUCUAUGUUUGCGGCAGCAAGUUUGCCGAGUGGGGUGCGUACACACCAAUUCGGUUCGCAGGGUUGCCCUCAAUGGCGCGGGUUGGCGCGAAUGUUGGUAACCUUGCGUGUCACGUUCCAGAUUGUUCCAGCGCAUCUCAGUCACCAUGGCCAUGCGGCUGCUACUGUUUCUCCUCCUACUCCUACUCCUCCUCGCCUCGCACGGCUCAUAGUCGACGCGGCUUGGGGGGGCGAAUAGGCGACUAGGAUGCAUGAAUUUCCUUUACUCGCAGUGUUGCGGAAUGUUGCGCGGCUUGGUGCGACGGCCUGCAUCUUUUGCGUGUCGGCUUCGGCGGUUCGUGUGUCUCACCUCUGCCUUCUGUGCCACCUGUGGGGCUGUUGGCAUCGCCUGGCAGCCUGCCGCGCGACGUCACCGAGCCGCACACGCGGCCUGCAGCUCUGCGCAUACGAAGCUCCACUGUUCAUAAUCGCAGCUUCCGUUCCAGCUCGCAGAAGUUUUUUUUUGCGCAGUUUGUGCGAGACCGCCUGCGCACGAGUGAGGAGGUCCCCCUACACAAGGACACGGAAACAAACGAUACAACGACCACACUCACUUUAAGAUGGCAUGGCACCCCGAAUGACCAUCCUCCUCAAGCUUGGUGCCGCCCCCUCCCGCCCGCCUCUUGCUCCAGAGGGCGCCGUCCAGAGCAGAGGCCCCCUCCACGCCGUUGCCCUCAGCCCGAGAAUGCCUCGACGAAGCCAAUUUGUGCGACGUUGCUUGCACGCGGGUCAGCCGCGUUCUGUAUUGUGGCAGGUGCGAGGCGCUUGAGGCGGCAGGGGUAAGAAGAUGCUGGCCAUCGGCACGUUACGACCUGCGCGGCAUGGCUUGAAUGGCUGUUCGGUGUUGCACCGCCAGCGUGGCAGGUCUCCUAAGGAACCCAUCGAGACCCCGAUUAGGUGCAACGCAGUGGAGUGCAACGCAGCAUGACGCUUCUCGAUGCCAGACAGAGCCAUGUAAGAGACCUGUCAGGCCAAACGGAUGGGCGUUCGCGCAGUUGCGCAGGGCAACCAACGAGCGGCGUUGAUAAUCGCUAGCUCGAUGCUCCCGUCAUAUAGACACGUCGUGAAGACGUUCUGGUGCUUCCUGAUAGCCUCAUGCGUUGCCCUUCUCUGGCACUUCUAUUGCUUCCAGCAGGUCCAUCUGGAUUAGUGAGGUGAACCAACAAUGGUGUCAGCAGACUGGACGAGAAGUCCUAUCUUUGUUUGUGGCGAUGGAUUUGCCGAGCGGGGUGCGUGGAAGAACUUCGGCUCUCAGGGUGGCCCUUAAUGGCGCGGCUUGGCGCGAAGGCUGGCAACCAAGCGCAUCACGUUCCAGCGCGUCUCGGUUGCAUCGGCCAUGCGGCUGCAACCGCUCCUCCGCUUCUUCGUUCUUUCCCAUCCUCCGCCGCUUCUUCGCUUCAACUCACACGGUUGCCGUCCGCGGCGCGGCUUGGCGCAGCGGCCAGUCAGCUUGUGCAUUGAGGCAUGGAUUUCCCGAGUACGAUGAGUAGGAUGAUUUCUACUAGCAGUUUUUCGGAGCGUGGCGCGGCGUGGUGCGACUUAUAACCACGUGGCCUGGCGCUGAGACUGCAGGCUCUGUAGUGCCAAGUCAAUGCUCCAUUGCUCAUGAACGCAGCUCGCAGAAGAUUUCGAGAGGCAUUCUGUAUGCCAGGUCGCCUGGUUAAAAAAAGAGCGCUGCCAUAC